AUGCUUAUGCUUAUUGAUUCUUAUUCACAUGAAUUACUUACUCCUUUAAAUUGUUCUUUACAACUUUUGUAAACAUUAGAAUAAUAAUUAAAAUCUGAUUUGAAUGAUAAAUAUCUAAAACCUGUGAUAAUUUCUAAUAAAAAAUUACUUCAUUAAAUAAAUGAUAUUUUAGAAUUUGCAAAUUUUGAAGUAAAAACAUUCAAAUUGAGGCCUUCUAUUUGUAAAUUGUAUAAUUUAAUAAGUACAAUAGAAGAUUAUUUUAAAGCUAAAUGUGAAUAAAAGUAAAUCAAAUUUGUUAUUUAAACUUAUGAUGAUGCAUUUAUAAGAAGUGAUUUCGAUAGGAUAUUGCAAAUAUUAGUUAAUUUAUUAAAUAAUUCGGUAAAAUUUACAAAGUAAAAUGGAAUUAUGUAACUAAAAGUUUGAAAAGUUGGUUCCUUGUAUCAAUUCGAAGUCUACGAUACAGGAUGUGGAAUUUCAAAUGAGAAGUUAUUUUUAAUAAAUAAAAUUCUUUAAAAUUCAGAAGUAGAUAUUGCAAGAAGAGGAGAUGAGGAUUAUAUUAAAUAUGUAGGUUUGGGUUUAAAGGUUUCAAGUUAAAUUGCGAGACAAUUAUGAGAAAAAGUAAAUUAAAUAUUACGAGUUAAUUAAAUUAAUUUACAAAUAACCGAUUUUUAGUGAAGGAUUUGCAAUCAUAUAAUUAAGCAUUAACAAUACCAACUGA